AUGGCCACCGUCAGCAUGGCAGCGGGUCUGUACGUGAGAGCUCGCAGUGACUGGAGAGUCCAGGGCAAGCGUCGUGCCAGCCCCGUGGGCCACCUCCUGCCCGCUGGCCUGGCCUCCCUGCUCAGCAGCAGGCUGAGUUUGACCACAAGCCCUCCCACACAACACCAGCCCUCCAGUCUCCCCAGCAGUGUCAACAACAACGGCAUCGUGUCCUUCCUGAAGGAGGUCUCCCAGUUCACCCCAGCAGCCUUCCCCAUCGCCAACGACCGCUGUGUGGUGGCAGCCUUCUGGGCAGAUGUGGACAACCGGCGUGCUGGUGACGUGUACUACCGGGAGGCCACCGACGAGGCCACACUGCGCAGAGCCACGGGAGACGUCAGGCGCUACUUCCCGGAGCUCCUGGGCUUCUCAGCCACCUGGGCUUUCAUUGCCACCUGGGACCGGGUGACCUUCUUUGGAGGCAGCGCCUCUUCCCCUGUCAACACGUUCCAGGUCAUCCUCAUCACUGACGGCAAGUUCUCCUUCACCAUCUUCAACUACGAGUCCAUCACCUGGACCACGGGCACUCACGCCAGCAGCGGAGGCGAUGCCGCCGGCCUGGGGGGCAUCGCUGCUCAGGCCGGCUUCAACGCUGGCGAUGGACGUCGCUACUUCAGCAUCCCAGGCUCACGGACAGCGGAUGUAGCGGAGGUGGAGACCACCACCAAUGUGGGCGUGCCCGGGCGCUGGGCGUUCAGAAUCGAUGAUGCCCAGGUGCGCGUGGGGGGCUGCCGCCAUACAACCUCGGUCUGCCUGACCCUGCGACCCUGUCUAAAUGGCGGCAAGUGUAUUGACGACUGUGUCCCCGGCGACCCCUCCUACACCUGCUCCUGCCUCUCAGGCUUCACCGGACGGCACUGCCAGCUGGAUGUGGACGAAUGUGAGUCUCAGCCUUGUCAGAAUGGUGGGACCUGCACCCAGGGGGCCAACAGCUUCAGCUGCCAGUGCCCGGCUAGCUUCAGAGGUCCCACCUGUGAAACAGCACAGUCACCCUGUGACGCCCAUGCAUGUCAGAAUGGUGGCCAGUGCCAGGUGGAGGGCGGGGCUGCUUUGUGCAUGUGCCAGGCCAGGUACACGGGGCCAGUCUGCGAAGCAGAUGUGGAUGGCUGCAGCUCGGGCCCGUGCCUGAAUGGAGGCUCGUGUGUCGGCCUGGUGGGGAACUACACCUGCCUGUGUCCAGAGCUCUUCGAGGGCCCUCGCUGUGAGACAGAAAUUCAUCCGGAGCCCAACGCCUGUCUCUCAGCCCCCUGCCAGAAUGGCGGCACCUGUGUGGACGCUGACCAGGGCUAUGUGUGCGAGUGCCCCGGGGGCUUUGUGGGCCUCAACUGUGGGGAGAGAAUCUCUGAUGACUGUGAGUGCCGGAAUGGAGGCAGCUGCUCUGGAGCCAAUACCACCUUCUGCCAUUGUCCCCCGGGCUUUUUUGGGCUCCUCUGUGAAUUUGAAGUGACGGCCACACCCUGCAACAUGAACACGCAGUGCCCCGACGGGGGCUACUGCAUGGAAUACGGCGGGAGCUACCUGUGUGUCUGCCACACGGACCACAACACCAGCCACUCCCUGCCAUCGCCCUGUGACUCGGACCCCUGCUUCAACGGAGGCUCCUGUGACGCUCACGACGACUCCUACACGUGCGAGUGUCCGCGCGGCUUCCACGGCCAGCAGUGUGAGAAAGUGCGGCCGCGCCCGUGCAGCUCUGGGCCCUGCCGGAACGGGGGCUCGUGCAAGGAGGCGGACGGCCAGUACCGCUGCAGCUGCCCCUACCGCUUCACCGGGAGGCACUGCGAGGUCGGGAAGCCGGACUCGUGCGCCUCGGCCCCUUGCCACAACGGCGGCACCUGCUUCCACUACAUCGGCAAGUACAAGUGCGACUGCCCGUCCGGCUUCUCUGGGCGCCACUGUGAGACGGCCCCCUCCCCCUGCUUCCGGAGCCCGUGUUUGAACGGGGCCACUUGCGAGGACCUGGGCACGGACUUCUCCUGCCACUGCCGAGCAGGGUUCACCGGACGCAGGUGCCAGGCAGAAGUGGACGAGUGCCGCUCACAGCCCUGCCUGCACGGAGGCUCCUGCCAGGACCGGGUCUCGGGCUACCUGUGCCUCUGCAGCGCGGGCUAUGAAGGUGCCCACUGCGAGCAGGAGACUGAUGAAUGCGCAGAGCAGCCCUGUCAGAACGGGGGCUCCUGCAGGGACCUCCCAGGGGCCUUCCUCUGUCAGUGCCCCCCAGGGUUCAUCGGGGUCCGCUGUGAGACAGAGGUGGACGCCUGCGACUCCAGCCCCUGCCGCCACGGGGGCGCCUGUGAGAACGCGGGCGGGGCCUAUCUGUGCGUCUGCCCUGAGGGCUUCUUCGGCUACCACUGUGAGACAGUGAGCGACCCCUGCUUCUCCAGCCCCUGUGGGGGCCGCGGUUACUGCCUAGCCAGCAAUGGGUCCCACAGCUGCACCUGCAAAGUGGGUUACACGGGCCAGAACUGUGCCAAAGAGCUGCUCCCACCCUCGGGCCUCCAAGUGGAGCGGGUGGAGGAGAGCGGGGUGUCAGUCUCCUGGCUCCCGCCCGAGGGCCUGGCCGCCCGGCGGCUGCUGGACGGCUACGCGGUCACCUACACCUCGGCUGACGGCGCCUUCCGCCGCACGGACUUCGUGGACCGCGGCCGCUCGACCCACCAGCUGCGGGCCCUGGCGGCCGGCCGGGCCUACAGCAUCUCGGUGUUCUCGGUCAAGCGCAACGCCAACAACAAGAACGACAUCAGCCGGCCGGUGGCGCUGCUCGUGCGCACGCGUCCCCGUCCCGUCGAGGGCUUGGAGGUCACCAACGUGACCGCCAGCACCAUCUCUGUGCGCUGGGCUCUGCACCAGAUCCGCCACGCCACUGUCAGCAAGGUUCGCGUGUUGAUCCAGCACUCCAAGGCCGCCGGGGCUGGGGAGGAGGCCACCGACCUGGACAGGAAUGUGGACAAGUUCACCUUCAGGGCCCUGCUGCCGGGAAGGAGGUAUACCAUCCGUGUGGUCACCCUCAGUGGGCUCGGACCGGGAGAGCACCCCACCGAGAGUGUGCCCACCGCCCCAAUGUCCGUGUGGACCCGGCCCUUGCCUCCUGCAAAUCUGACCGCCGCCAGGGUCACCGCCACCUCCGCCCACGUGGUCUGGGACGCCCCUGCUCCAGGCUCCGCUCUGGAGGCCUAUGUCAUCAACGUCACCACCAGCCAGAGCACCAAGAGCCGCUACGUCCCCAACGGGAAGCUGGUGUCGUACGUGGUCCGAGACCUGGCACCAGGGCGGCGGUACCAGCUCUCCGUGUCUGUGGUGCAGGGCACAGAGCAGGGCCAGGUGCACAGCGAACCUGCCCACCUCUACAUCAUCACCUCCCAGCGAGACAGCAGCGAUAGACACUGGUCCCAGGGGGGCUACUCCCGGGCGCUCAGAAACAGGCCACCCCCGGCACACCUGUCAGAGCUGCGCCUACUCAGCGACCAAGAUGCCCCUGAGACUCCAACCCAGCCCCCCAGGUUCUCCGAGCUGGUGGAUGGCCGAGGACGUGUGAGUGCCCGGUUCGGAGGCCCACCCAGCAAGUCCGUCACCGUGAGACCACAUUCCACGGCCCCCAUGCAGCUGGAGACCCCAGUGGAAGCCCCUGAGCCUGACACCCUGGCCCUGCAGCUGCCGGAGCUUGGUGACAAGGAGAGUGAGCAAGGCUCCAGGGACUGCUUAGAAAACCCCUGUCAGAAUGGGGGCACCUGCGUGCCCACCGCCGACACCCACAGUUGCACCUGCAGCCCGGGCUUCAAAGGGCGGCGCUGUGAGCUUGCCUGCACAAAGGUGCCCCGACCCUGCACGCGCCUGUUCUCCGAGACAAAGUCCAUCCCCGUCUGGGAAGGAGGCAUCUGUCACCACGUGUACAAGCGAGUCUACAGAGCCCACCAGGACGUGUGCUUCCAGGAGAGCUGCGAGAGCACAGGCGCCAAGAAGACCCCCAGCAGGAAACAAAGUAACAAGCACUGAAGAAACUUGAAGGAUCCACUGUGUCAGCCAAAAGAGCUUCUAGAACCCAGGAAGACGUGGUCUCGAGAUUGGACGGAAAGGACACCCCAAGAGCAGAGUUCCUGACUGGCAGCAAAGCCCCACCUUCGCCCUCAGGCCAGUGGCCCCAUGCCACACCUGGAAACCCUCAGGACCAACCUAAUAACCCAGGAUGGAAGCUGGCUGCAAGCCCAGGGGCUCAUGGGACCACUACCCAGAAGCCUCUGACACACCGACAUCACCCAACACAGACCCGGGCUGGACUUCUGACGGGGUCCUUCGCAUGCCCGACCACCCGCAGGCCUGUGACAGUUCCCCAAGGACCCAGCAGCCUGGCUGAGGAGCUUCUCCCAUCUGCUGGGCCUGCGGGGCGGGGAGUGCGCAGAGGCAGGCUGCCAGGAAUGCCGCAGGUGGUGAGCACGGGUCUGCUCCUGGCCACUCUGGAAAGGGCGGGGCGUCUUCUCCCUGGGCCUGGCUGGGCUGCAACAAAGCCUGAUUCUGACGAGCAGGCAGCAGCAGGGCAGCCCCAGGGCCGCCACUGUGAACCUGGGCCUGCAGGCUCCAGCACUGCGGUGACCAGUGGGAAGUCCCGGCCCCUAGGCCUGUCCUCACAUGCAGAGGACCACGGAUGCCCACCAGCAAUAGGCCAGGUGUGGGGAUACUCGAGACUCAGCCCCAGCAAGUCAGCCUUCAGCAGCUGUGCCCUUGGACAGCUCAGCUCUCCUAGAGGAGACCCCACUGAGGACCCCAACAAAGAGCCCAGCCUGGAAGCAGAGCCCCAUCUGCAUGCAGGCGUGCUGCUGGGCCACAAGGACCCUGGCUGAGUAGCCCGAUGAGGGGCCCAAACUGGAAGCCCACGUCUGCAGCCUCGGGCAGUGCCCCUCCCUCCACCUCUCAUCAAAGACAUUUUGUGAAGAACUAGAGUUUAUUUUAGGCUUUUGGUUUGUAUUAAAUUUGUGUGUGCCUGUG